AUGGUAUAUUCAAUCGAAUUGGCAGACUAUGAGAGAACCAGGAGGCUGUUUACAAUGAGAGGCCACAGGCUAAAAUAUCAAGCCAUUGUAACUCCUGAUAGAAUUAUAUCUUCCAUCAUUGGCCCUGAGACUGGAAAUUACCAUGACAUACAUAUGUACAGACUGGCAGACACGAAGAGAUGUCUGUUUAGUGCAUUUGAUUUCACUCCUGUUGGUGGGCCUUGCUAUUACUUGUAUGGCAAUUCAGUUUAUUCUAAUUCAGCACUGAUAGCAAGGCCAUUUAGAAUAACAAAUGUAUCCGAAGACAAUACUGUGUUCAACACCAAGAUGUUUAGAGUGAAGAUCUCUGUGGAGCAGGAUUUUGCUGAUGUCAGAAGCUUCUUUGUGUUUUUGAAGUAUUUACAAACGCAAAGAAUUGUCAAUGCUCCAUAG